AUGAAUAAGUUUUAUCGCCUUAUUAAAGAUCGUAUUAUGGAUAACUUUGUUGAUUUAAUGAUGAAAAUAAAAACUGUAUUUUGGGCAUCUGUUUUGAGAAUGAUCAUCAAAGAAUUAUCCUAA